GUAGUUGUAGCAACGAUUGCUUUUGGAAUGGGGAUCGACAAGUCUAAUGUUCGAAGAAUUAUUCAUUAUGGUUGGCCUCAGAGCUUGGAAGCAUAUUACCAGGAGGCUGGUAGAGCUGGAAGAGAUGGGAAGUUAUCAGAUUGCAUUUUAUAUGCUGACUUUUGGAAAUGUCCCAAGCUUCUUCCUAGCCAAAGAAGUGAAGAACGAACCAGACAGGCAUACAAAAUGUUAUCAGACUGUUUUCGAUAUAGUAUGGAUACCGCAACUUGCCGUGCGAAAACACUUGUCAAGUAUUUUGGAGAGGAGUUGAAUGAUGAUUGUCACAUAUGCGAUAUUUGCCAAAGUGGACCUCCCCCAAAGCAAAGUUUGACAGUUGAAGUGAAUGUUUUCCUGCAUGCUCUCAAGGCUCAGUGUGCAUACAUGGAUGAAACAAGUUUUGUAUUUGCUUCUCAUAGUGGUGCGAUAUAUGGUCAAUCCAGUAGAAAGAAGUUCAUAGAGAGACCCAACCUCAGGGAUGCGAUCAGUAGAAUAAGGGAACAGCAUCCAAAAUUUGUUGCAACCGAUAGAGUAUGGUGGAGGGGUCUUGCACGCAUACUGGAAGAUAUGAAAUUUAUUAAAGAAGCUGAUGAUCAGGUUCGUGUUGCAAUCAAAUAUCCACAGAUAACGAAGUUGGGAAUGAAGUUUCUUGACUCGCAUGCCGAGGACUGUUUUUAUGUUUAUCCUUAUGCAGACAUGUUACUCUCAUCUAGAAAUGAUAAGCUAUAUUCUAAAUUCUCUGACUGGGGGAAAGGUUGGGCUGAUCCUGAAAUCAGGCGCCAGCGUCUCCAAGGAAGUAAACGCAGGGAAAGAAAGACCAAGCCAAGAAAAACAAAGAAAUCAAAGCGAAAUUGCAAAGAUCUAAGCACAGUAAGGAAGAGGUUAGCUGCAAAGUUAUCUAAGUUCAAAUAACAUCAACUCUUUGCCAGAAAUUUGCCAAGGUUAACAUUUUCUGGAGUGUUGGAUUAGGACUGUUGCUGAAGCGUUGAAUGGUACGUUACCUCAGCCAUAUAUAUAUAUUUGUUGCGCAGAAGGCGCGGCUGUAAUUUUUUUAUAUUACAUUUAUCUUCUUAUAUCUGCAAUAAGUUGUUUUCAAUGUAAAUGUUUUUAACAUAUCAUUCCUGUAAUAUUGUAAUUCUUUUAAUUACAAAUAUUUAUUGAUUGUUUUCAAAAUGCAA